UUUUUAGAUCCUGGCAGUUCAGCUAGCUUCUGUUCAGAGCACCUCAUGCAAAAGCUAAAUCUUGUGGGCAAAAGAACGCACUUCCUGUUACAAACGAUGGGUCAAGAAAAGGUCGUCUCUGCCCACUCACUUACUGGUCUUGAAGUUUCUGGUUUAGGCAGCAAUGCCUUCUAUGAACUUCCAGAAAUCCUAACACAGGAAAGGAUGCCUGUCACCACAGAUAACCUUGUAAAGGAAGAAGAUCUGGUCAGGUGGCCAUAUCUGUCAAAGGUUCAAAUUCCCCACAUAAUGGCUAACGUGGACCUGUUGAUUGGAUGCAACGCUCCCAAGUUAUUGGAACCAUGGGAGGUCAUUCAUAGCCAGGGGAAUGGCCCAUAUGCUGUAAGAACGGCAUUGGGUUGGGUCAUAAAUGGGCCCAUGGAGGAUGGGAAAAACAACUUGGACAGCGAGCACCCACCAACAGCUGUAAAUAGGAUAUCUGUUUGUAAGCUGGAGGAAAUGUUGAAAAGUCAAUAUAACUAUGACUUUAAUGAAAAGGUUACAGAGGAAAAGGGUUUGUCAAGGGAAGACCUUAAGUUCAUGAAGAUCAUGGAAAAAUCUGCAACAAUGGAAGAUGGACACUACUGUUUGAAGUUACCUUUUAAAAAGGAUAACAUAAAGAUGCCAAACAAUUUCUCCAUAGUUAAACAAAGAUUGCAAAGUCUAAAACGAAAACUCCUCAACAAUGAACGGUUGCAUAAAGAAUAUAAAAGCUUUAUGGACGAGAUGAUAAGUAAUGGAUAUGCAGAGCAAAUACCUUCACAGCAGCUGUCUUGCGAAAAUGGUCAGAAGUGGUACAUUCCUCAUCACGCAGUCUACCAUCCCAGAAAACGAUCUAUAAGAAUUGUAUUUGACUGUGGGGCAUCAUUCCAGGGGACAUCAUUAAACAAGCAGCUCUUACAGGGUCCUAAUCUCACAAGUACAUUGCUUAGGGUUUUGCUUAGAUUUUGACAGGAUCGAGUCGCAUUUAUGGGUGACAUAAAGGCAAUGUUUUAUCAAGUUAAAGUUGCCAAAGAGGACAGAGACUUUCUGCCUUUUUUGUGGUGGCCAGAUGGAGAUCUGAGCAAGGACAUAAUUGAGUUUCGCAUGACUGUUCAUCUGUUCGGUGCAGUAUCUUCCCCGAGCUGUGCCAGUUUCACUUUGAGAAAAACGGCUGAGGACAACCAAACUGAAUUCCUAGACAAGGUAUGUGAAACAAUAAAAGAGAACUUCUAUGUGGACGACUGUUUAAAGAGUGUGGCCUCCACCUCAGAUGCUGUUGAUUUGGUCAAAGAUCUUUCAUCACUUUGUCAGAGGGGAGGAUUUACACCGACCAAGUGGGUUAGUAACAAUCGCACCCUGUUGCAAAGUAUCUCAGAGGAGCAAAGGGCUAAAGACUUGAAAGAAUUAAAUCUUGACAGAGACAAACUUCCGGUGGAAAGAGCUCUGGAUAUGUAUCUGAAGAGAACAUGGGAACAGGCUCAGUACAGCUCAGAUCUUUUUUGGAAAUGAUGGAUACUCGAAUACCUGCCUUUGUUACAGGAGAGACAAAAAUGGAACCAAAAGAAGAAGAAUCUAAAACCUGGAGAUAUAGCCAUUAUAAUGGAUUCCUCUGCACCGCGUGGUUCCUGGCUACUUGGAAGAGUUCAGGAAACCAUUCAUGACAAAAAUGGACUUGUAAGAUCUGUACGUUUAAAAACAAAGACUAAUAUUCUAGAAAGACCUGUAACUAAACUUUGCUUGUUACAUGAGACUGUAAUCUAAAAGUGUUUAAGUGCUCUAUUACUUAUGUUUAUUCAUGUGAAUGUAUACGUCUAAAGUAGACUGUAUUAGUGGCUCCUUAUUUUCUUUGUGAUUAGAAUUGCCAUGUCUGAUAGCCAUUGGAAUUAGGGACCGGGGUGUAGGAGCCAUUUUGGGUUAAUACCUUAUGUGGCCGCUAGAGGUCACCUUUUUCUGUUUUGUUGAUGUAAAGGUAUUUAAGGAGACGCACGUAAUCGGCGUCAGGUGUGUCGUUAAUUGUACGAAGGCAAACAGUUUGUGACCGUUAUUGAACUGUUUACUUAAUUCAUACAUACCAGUGAAAUCGCGUCACCCCCCGGUUAACGACCACCUCAGUGGCUUCAAGUGUAGGCUUAGCCUCUACAUUAUCAUUACUUUUCCUAAAACACUCAUUCGCUUCCUCUUCUUAGAGUUUAACUCGUCUGUUUCUCUCUGUGAGCUGUCUUGACACACCACAGGCACGCAUA